AUGGCGAGCGGGAAGGCGGUGGCGACGUCGUGGUGCAGCCACUGCGGCAUGGGCCUCGCGGCGCCGCCGCCGCCAGGGUCCGCCUCUAGCGUCCGGUGCGCGUUCUGCCACGGGGUGACGCGCAUCGAGCACCACCACCACCACCACCAGCGCGGCGGCGCCGUGGGCGAGAGCGCCACGACGACGAGGACGCUCGCGGCGGCAGCCUCGCUGCCGCGGCCGCCGCCGGUCCCCGCGGGGCUCAUCGACAUCCCGGCGGGCUACCCCAGGAGGGUGAGCGGCGGCGGGAGCAAGCGGGCACUCCUGGUCGGGGUCAGCUACACGGGCACCAAGCAUGAGCUCCGGGGCACGGUCAACGACGUCAAGGAGAUGAGGAGCCUCCUCUGCGACAGGUUCGGGUUCCCGAGCGCCUGCAUCCUGGAGCUCACUGAGAAGGAGAGUGACCCCACCAGGGUGCCGACGAGGGAAAACCUGCUGCGGGCGAUGCGGUGGCUCGUGGAGGGCUCCCGCAGCGGCGACUCGCUGGUGUUCCACUUCUCCGGCCACGGCGUGCAGAAGCUGGACAUGAACGACGACGAGGUGGACGGGUACAACGAGGCGCUGUGCCCCAUGGACUUCGAGCGGAGCGGCAAGAUCCUGGACGACGAGAUCAACGAGAUCAUCGUGCGGCCGCUGGGCAAGGGCGUGAAGCUGCACGCCAUCGUGGACACCUGCCACAGCGGCACCAUCCUCGACCUCCCCUACCUCUGCCGCAUGUCCAGAACUGGGUACUGGCAGUGGGAGAAUCACUCCCGCCCUUCGGGCAUGACGAAGCGGCCCAACGGAGGCCUGGCCAUCUCCAUCAGCGGCUGCAGCGACGACCAGAAGUCCGCCGACGCCAGCGGAUUUUCUGAUGAGUCGUCUUCGAUCGGCGCCAUGACGGACAGCUUCAUCAAGGCCGUGGAGGCCGAGCCGGGGACGACGUACGGGCGGCUGCUGAGCGCGAUGAGGACGAGGAUCCGCGACGGCCAGGGGAGCCGCCGUCUCCCCGGCAGGCUCGGCUCCUUCGUCCGCUGGAUGAUCCCGUCCAGCGGUGUGCAGGAGCCUCAGCUUUGUUCUUCAGAGAUGUUUGACAUCUACAGGAAGCCAUUCCUGCUCUGA